UCUAUAAAGCUUCACUCAACAUAACAGCUCAGCUACUAUCCGCCCUACAGCCCGCCCUACAACGUGGCCAUGCCCGCAGUCCCCCCGAGGGGGCGGGCGGCCGCAGCGCCCGGGGCGGCAGUGUGCAACCGCGCGCAUGUUGUGGAACACGCGAAUAUUGAACCUAGGUCAUCUAGGUAGUCUAGGUCUACGUAGUGUUCACUCACAGUGAGGGCUAUUCGGUGAGUAAUACCUAUGGUAAAACGUAAGUAACUUUGUCCUCAUGUGUGCUGACUCAGUCAAUGUCGCAAGUCGUAACGCUGUAAACUUUCACAGAUUAAACCAACACCAUAAUUUUCAGAGGACAUCAACAAGAGGUUCGUCAGCCUCCAACUUUUUGCUGUCCAGAGGUCGGUCUAAUAAGACCUAAGGCUUCCUUAUCCAUCCUCUACUCUCCUCUAGUGAUGGAUAGAAAGAAGAAGAAUCACAAGCGAUACUGUAUCGCGUUCGGUUGUCACAACAACACCAAGGCUCUGCCGAACUUAUCACUGUUUAAACUCCCAAAGGAUCCACAGAGAAUGAGAGAAUGGCUGCGUAUACUGGGCAGAGAGGACUUGCUGCACAGAGAAGAUCUAAAACCCAGCAGCUAUGAAGUUUGCUGUUUCCAUUUCGACGAGUCCUCAAUCAAAGUCAUCAAACUACUGAAAGCCGACGCGAUGCCGGCACGGGUCGCCCUAGAUCUAACCAGAGACACUGAAUCAAAGGGCUCUGUCUCAUCUGUUGCAGUUCAAACUGGUGUUUUAGAGCAAUCCUUUCAAACAAGAAAAGCUCAACCGUCAAUGAAGGAAAAAGUUAUGGAAACAUCCAUGGAAUCAAGAGUAAAUGAACUUUCGAAAUGAAAUAACACUUUUUAUAUCAUUUUAUUUUUAACAUUUACUAUUUCUCUAUUUUUAUAUCGUUCACGAAGAUGACACCUGCGUUUAGUCAAUAGUCAUCUAUUCAAUGUUCGUGAUACAAAACUGGAUCCCAAAACCUCGUAAUAAUCUA